CGCAAACGCGUCCACUCUCGGAAUCAGAAGAGCCGUCACCCCUAAUACUAAACCAAAGACUUACGAGCUUUCAGUCCAGAUAUAUCUUCUGGUAUUGUUUUCUCUGAAGAACACUGAAGUAAACAAUCCCGAUCUCAUCGCUGCGACUGAGCAUCCCACUUGGUUUUUCUUAAUCAAUCAUAUUAAGUACUUACGAAACCUAAACCUUUAAACCCUAAAAUUGGUAUAGUCUCAGAGUUUCCUGGCGUAUCUUUGUUUCAAAAAUCAUUGAUGGCGAUAUCACUCACAGAACUCGAUGAUGAGACUGUACGCAGUAUGUCGAUUGGAGCCGUUUUCUCAGAUUUUGGUGGAAAGAUCAAUUCAGUUGAUUUUCAUCGUACCAAGGAUCUACUGGUUACCACUAGUGAUGAUGACUCGGUGCGGCUUUAUGAUAUUGCAAAUGCAACUUUGUUGAAGACUACAUACCACAAGAAGCAUGGUGCUGAUCGUAUAUGCUUUACACACCAUCCAAGCUCUGUUAUAUGCUCUUCGAGAUACAAAACAGAUUCCACUGAUGAACCCUUGCGAUAUCUUUCCAUGUAUGACAAUCGAUGUCUCCGCUACUUCAAAGGGCACAAAGAGAGAGUUGUUUCACUCUGCAUGUCUCCAAUUAAUGACAGCUUCAUGUCUGGUUCACUUGAUCACAGUGUUAGAAUAUGGGAUCUUCGUGUAAAUGCUUGCCAGGGACUCCUUCAUUUGCGAGGUAGGCCUACAGUUGCAUACGAUCAGCAGGGUCUUGUUUUUGCAGUAGCAAUGGAAGGGGGUGCUAUUAAACUGUUUGAUUCACGCUCUUAUGAUAAGGGUCCAUUUGACACUUUUUUUGUUGGAGGAGAUACAGCUGAGGUCUCUGAUAUCAAAUUCAGCAAUGACGGAAAAUCUAUGCUUUUGACAACAACGAAUAGCAAUAUCUAUGUUCUUGAUGCAUAUGCAGGGGAGAAGCGAUGUGGCUUCAGUUUGGAACCAUCUUCAAAUACAGGCAUAGAGGCAACUUUUACACCAGAUGGGCAAUAUGUGGUUUCAAGCUCAGGAGAUGGAACCUUGCAUGCAUGGAGUAUCAACAUGCGAAAUGAGGUUUCUUGCUGGAAUAGCCACAUUGGUGUAGCAACUUGCUUGAAGUGGGCACCCCGUAGGGCCAUGUUUGUUGCUGCAUCUACUGUUCUUACAUUUUGGAUUCCAAACAAUGGUAAAUUGAAUCCAGAAUCUGGCGCCAGGGAUCUUGUUGCUGUUGCUGCAGUGUAGUGUAGCAAGGAAAUAUUCUCAGUUUAAUCCUGGUAUUUCAUUCUCUGUCAAAUCAUGGCUCUGUGGGUUAAAAUGCAAAGAGUAAUUAAAGUUUCUGUGUAAUCUCAGCCAGCUGUGAAGAUAACAAAUACAGCAACUGUGGUGACAUAGCUCAUGUAUUUGCAUUUUCCCUUCCAACCCAAGUGAGCUUUAGAUUCUAGUCAUGGGUGCAAUACACCUUAAAAGCAUAGUCCACUGAACUUUUCAUCUCAUAUUACAUAACCUGGCUAUCCCUAUCAAGAUUUACUACCUGGUUUAAGGUAUGGUAUUGCAAGAAA